ACGAAUAGAACACACCAAACAAUGGACGAGUUGAUGAAUGAUUAUUUAUGGAUUGUGAUUCUUGCAUUUAUCGUGGCUUUCAUAUUAGCCUUUGCAGUUGGAGCUAAUGAUGUUGCAAACUCUUUUGCGACUAGUGUUGGGGCAAAAGUGUUAACACUUAAGCAAGCGUGCAUCUUAGCAUCAAUUUUCGAAGUUUCUGGCGCUGUUCUUCUAGGUCACAAAGUGUCAGAUACAAUAAGGAAAGGAAUACUUGAUGUAGACAUAUAUGAAGGAAAUGAAGUACAGUUGAUGUAUGGAAUGAUAGCAGCAUUAAUCGGCUGUGCUGCAUGGCUGUUAAUUGCCACUUGGUUUAAAAUUCCUGUAUCAACAACACAUUCUAUUGUUGGAGCAACAAUUGGUUUUGGAUUAGUAGCUCAUGGAACGAAGGGUUUGAAUGUUGGACAAAUAAUCAUAAUUGCUGCUUCAUGGCUCGUGUCUCCCGUCUUAAGUGGCUUGAUAAGUGUUGCGUUCUUCAUGCUCGUAUAUAAAUUUAUCCUGAAAGCUAGCCGACCUGUAAGGGCUGGGUUCAUAGCAUUACCUUUCAUCUACGCAUUCACAGUCUUUGUAAAUAUUCUCAGCAUCACCUGGGACGGUCCUGAUCUUCUCAAAAUGGAUGAUUUACCUUUAUGGUUGGUCUUUGUAAUAUCAAUUGUAGCUGGAAUAAUUACAGGGAUUAUUGCACAGGCCUUUGUUCCAUAUCUCCGUCGGAAGGUUAUCAAUAGCCAAGAUGUUAUUAACAAUCCUUCAAAUUUAGAGAAAGGCAUCGACAAUAAAGCAUAUGCGAAUGAUAAUGGAGAAAACUUAAAUGUCACAACUGUUUCAACAGUAUCAAUAAGUGCACCUGCAAUCAACGACAAAGACAAAAUUCAAGAAAGUGAAGAAAAUGUCAAUAAACUCUUCAGCUUUCUUCAAGUACUUUCAGCUAUAUUUAGUAGCUUUACUCAUGGCGGCAAUGAUGUUAGUAAUGCCAUCGGUCCAUUGAUUACUAUUUGGUUGAUUUACAGAGAAGGCAUUGUGACGUCAAAAACAGAAUCACCGAUCUGGAUUCUUGCUUAUGGAGGUAUUGGUAUUGUGGUUGGUCUUUGGUUUUUCGGAAGAAGAGUCAUUGAAACGAUUGGAAAAGACUUAACAAGAAAAAUCACACCAGCAACUGGAUUCGUCAUUGAAUGUGGGGCAGCCACCACUGUGCUUAUCGCAAGUAAAGUUGGAUUACCCAUUUCAACAACUCAUUGUCAAGUCGGAAGCGUAGUAUUUGUUGGAUGGGCAUACGGUACAACAUCACAAUUGACAGAAUCAGCUGAUAAAAAAAAGAAAUCAGUUGACUGGAGUUUGUUCAGAAAUAUCGUGUUAGCAUGGGUUGUGACGCUUCCAGCUGCCGCAGAAGUAUUAUGGAUUGUUAUUGUCGGAUUUAUUAUCGCAUUUAUUUUGGCAUUUGGAGUUGGUGCAAAUGAUGUAGCAAAUUCAUUUGCAACAAGUGUUGGUUCAAAAGUUUUGACAUUCCACCAAGCUUGCAUUUUAGCGUCAAUCUUUGAAAUUGCUGGCGCUGUACUACUUGGAUAUAAAGUGUCAGAUACGAUAAGAAAAGGAAUCUUGGAAGUCUCCAUAUAUGAAGGAAAUGAAGAACAGUUGAUGUAUGGAAUGUUGGCUGCUUUGGUUGGAUGUGCUAUCUGGUUGUUGAUUGCAACAUACAUCAAGCUGCCCGUUUCAACAACUCACUCAAUUGUCGGUGCUACGGUCGGUUUUGGUUUAGUCGCUCACGGCACAAAAGGACUGAAUAUACAAACAUUGAUAACAAUUGCUUCAUCUUGGAUCAUUUCUCCAGUAAUGAGUGGAUGCAUCAGUGUUGCCAUUUACAUGAUUAUCCACAAGUUCAUUAUCAAAGCUAAUCGUCCGUUUAAUGCCGCUUUGAUUUCUCUACCAUUCAUUUACGCGAUCACAAUUUUCAUCAAUGUCUUAAGCAUAACCUUGGAUGGAUCGAAAAUUCUCAAAAUGGAUAAUCUUCCAUUAUGGCUUGUGAUAACUAUUUCUACAUCAUGUGCAGUGAUUAUUGGAAUACUUGCACAUUUACUUAUUGCACCAUGGCAAAAGAAGAAGAUUCUCAAUCGAAACAUUGACGAAAAACCUUCCAAAAUUGAGAGUGGACUUGGAUCGAGCGUCGUUUCCGUUAACACAAUUCAAAUGGGGUCUUCAGCAAAUUCCCUUGCACCAUUACCAUUGGACAAGAAUGUAGAAUCUGAAGAAAAUGUCAAUCAACUGUUUAGUUUCCUGCAAGUUCUUGCUGCUAUAUUCAGCAGUUUUGCACAUGGCGGAAACGAUGUCAGCAAUGCAAUCGGACCAUUAAUUGCAAUUUGGUUAAUCUAUAAAGAUGGAGCGGUUGAAAGCAGUUCACCAACUCCUAUUUGGCUCCUUCUUUAUGGAGGUGUUGGUAUGGUUAUCGGACUUUGGGUACUUGGAAAGAGAGUCAUCGAAACUGUAGGAACAAAUCUUACAAAAAUAACUCCAGCAACUGGUUUCGUUAUUGAAAAUGGAGCUGCUGCAACAGUUCUCAUGGCUAGUAAAAUUGGAAUUCCGAUAUCAACAACACAUUGUAAAGUCGGAAGUGUUGUUUUUGUCGGUUGGGUUUAUGGACAUCUAUCAUCGUCUGAUAAAACAAAAAAAUCAGUUGAUUGGAGUCUAUUUAGGUCGAUAGUUUAUGCUUGGGUCGUCACACUUCCUGCCGCUGGUGGAAUGUCAGCUCUUUGUAUGUGGAUUUUCUCAUUCUUCUACUAACUUCUAAGAUUUUGCUAAGUUUUGAAUUUUUUUGAAUCCUCAAUCUCAUUUUCUAUUUUUAAUUUUACUUACGUGACGAAUCAGGAAUACAUACAAUUACAGAAGUUGAAAUGUAAAUUAGAUUGAUCAUUAAUAGUUCACACAUGAUGAUGUAGUCUGAUUGGCACGUGUUAAUAUAUUAAUGAGUAACGUAAGAAAGAUGUCGUCAAUCCAAGAAUUCAUUAAUAAGUCGAUAAUAUUUAAAUUUUUCAUGUGUUAUGAGAGAAACUAAAAUAUUUUUGCUUCAUUAAAUUAACUUCAGUAAUUGUAGUUUUUCUGAUAAUAAAUUCUGAUUCCUUUUGAUAAGUUAAGAAAAUAAAUAUUUAAAAUCAAACAAUUCAAAAAAGUUCGUUUCUUCUCCACGCUUUUGUCUCUUGAAAUUAUCUUGAAGAGAUUUAGUUGAAAGAAAUUCAAGUCUAUUUAUUAAAAUUAUUUUCAU